AUUGUCCUUGCUGUGCGUCAGGAAUACGUCGCCAUUGGCGAUGAUGUCAUAACUCUUCAUACUGGUGAUGAGAUAGCAGUAAUCCCCCCCAUCAGUGGUGGUUAACAUCCAGAAAAUUGGAGGUAUGGUAUGAUGGAAGCUGCUAUGGAAGAAAAGAAUAAGGAGCCUUAUGACUUCAUUAGAUUAUGUAAAGAAAAACUAUCUACUGAGGAGGUGAUGCAGUUGGUGGUUUCUCCAAGCUGUGGCGCUGUGUCCAUUUUCGUAGGAACUACGAGGAACAAUUUUGAAGGAAAGAAAGUUGUGCACCUCGAGUAUGACGCAUAUGUGCCCAUGGCAGAAAUGGAGAUUAAGAAAAUCCUGACUGAUAUCAGGCAGAAAUGGCCGUCUAUCAGGAAUAUGGCUGUGUGUCAUAGACUCGGCUCAGUCCCAGUAACGGAAGCCAGCGUUGUCAUUGCGAUUUCCUCCCCACACAGAGAAGAUUCCCUGGAUGCUGUGAAGUACUGUAUAAACUCAUUGAAAGCCACCGUGCCUAUAUGGAAGAAGGAAGUGUAUGAAGAAGAAGGUGCCUCCUGGAAAGAAAAUAAAGAAUGUUUUUGGAGAAAGGAAGAUGACAAAUGAUGACAAUCUCAGAGCCUCACGACCCUUUUUUUUAAAUUAAAUUUUCCUGUUUAAAAAGUGCUGCUCGUAUUUUUUUCCCCAACAUUCAAACAAUGUUUUGAGAAAAAGUAUCUGCCCCCUUGUAUCGUUAUACCACUGAAUGGUAAUAUUAAAUAGAAGCUCAUAUUGGACAGAUAGAUAGAAAUAAUUCCUGCAGUUGUGUGAGGAAUAGGCUUCCAAAACUCAAUUACCCAAGAUAAAAGUAACGGUCCAUAUUCCUAAAGGGGUUGUCCACUCAGCUAUUCAGUAGUAGCUCUGGCGCCAGAAAUACACAGCUCCAUGCGUUGUGUUGUGGCCAGAGCUGGUUACUGCCGCUCUACGCCCAUUCAUUUUGUCCACUGCACAAUGGAAAUAUAUGUGUAUUUCCUGCAUUGUAGCUACUCCUUAUCAGCAUGAGUGCACAGUGUUGGCUGCCGAUCAGGUAUUGAUGGCCUAGGACUGGACUGCCCCUUAAAGGGGUUUUCUGGUUCCAGAACAUUAAAUGGGUUUUUCAACCCCCGUUUGCCUUUCAGGCAGACUCCCCCAACAUGGACAGACCUACAAAGGCAAGCAUACUUACCUGAUGCCUGCUGCUGGAUUCCAACUCCUUCGCUCCCCUUCCCCUGCUCUCCCCGCAUAAACAUGCAGUUGGAUGUGGGUCUCGUUGUUACUGCAGCCAGUGACUGGCCGCAGCGGUCUCGUGUUCCUUAUGUGUCACAUCACAUGGGGGACAUGCGGGACCCACCUAACACUAGAUAUUGAUGGAGCAGAGGCAGCGGCAGGGGAACAAAGGAUCUGGAACCCAGCGGCAAGGACCAGGUAAGUAUGAUUCCCUCCACAGGUCCGACCACGCUGAGGGGUCUGCCUGAAAGGUGAACAACCCUUUUUGAGCCAAUUUUUUGUGCAUAUUUCUUUAUCGAUUUCUCAUGACUUUCCAGAUGUCUGCAUGCUCUUUGACACACGGGAUGACCAUACAUGUGUAUGGCUGCUCACAUACAGUACGAUUCCUGGACAAUCAUUACUUGACCUGCACUGAUAAUCAGUAUCUGGAAGAAAACAGUGAAGGUCUUCUUUCAAUGACUGAUUCAUAGUCUAGGGAAUUGAUUAUCCUGGUGUUUGGGAGAUGCGCCCUGAUAAUACUCAUGGUUCACUGCUCCCCCAUAAAACCCAGUUUCCAGUACGAGUACUCAGUGUCAUCAGCUUAUCACUGAGGACCCAUCUAACAAACCUAUAUUGUGUGUGCAGAACAUGUAACGAUAGGGGUCAGUACUUUUUCUUAUCAAUGUAUGUCUGUACUUGAAACUGCCUCAAAUAAAUAUUUUCUUAAAAUUGACAGCAAUUUUUUCAUGGACAAAUCGUUAAAUAUUAAAAUAUUCCGUAUAAUAGAAUAUUGUUUUCCAUGGUUCCAUUCUUUUCAGAAGUGCUAACAUUGAUUUUGUAUGAUUUGACACAUUGGAGCAGAUUUAUAAAGUUGUC